UCACUUUCUUUUCUCCUACACUUACUAUUUCACUCUACACUUUUUUCCCCCAAAUCCUCUUCCCCUCUGCGCGAUGAGUCCAACUAUUGCCAACUGCUGAAGAACUCGUAAGGGUGUCAUUGUUUCUUGGUGAUUAUUCUUAUAAGAUGUUGCCUGAGGGAAGAAAGCAUUGUCAAGGUUUACCUCCUGACGUCCUUAUCAACCUUCCUGAUAAUGUAAUCGAUGUCAUUCUGAUGUGUUUGCCUUGUAAAGAUGGUGUGCGGACAAGCGUAUUAUCGAAGAAAUGGAGGUAUCACUGGUGUAGACUUGCAAAGUUUGAGCUUGAUGAAUCUCUUUGGAGAACACAAAAGGAUCGACUUUACCCUACAGUUAGACUUGCAAAGAUUGUUUACCAGCUUUUGACCCAUCAUGAAGGACCGAUUACUAAGUUUAAGCUCCGCAUUGCUCAUGCUGAUCUGAAAGAAUGUCCUGAGAUUGACAAUUUCAUAUAUUUCCUGUCUAGGAAAGGCAUUCAACAUCUUGUUCUUCACCUUCCAGAGGACGGUAUAUACAAAUUGCCUUCUUCACUUUUCAUAUGUUCACAACUAAGGCAUCUAAAUCUUCACGAUUGUUUAAUACAUCCUCCACCGGCCUUUAAAGGGUUUGAUAGGCUAGUCAGCCUGGAACUAUGUAGAGUCACAAUUUCUUCUGAAUUGCUCGGAAGUUUAAUAUCUCAUUGCCCGUUGCUUGAGCAGUUCGUGCUGAAAAUCUCGGAAAGUUUAAACAUAAUUGAAAUUAAUGCUCCAAUGCUGAGAUCCUUUGAUUUCACAGGUAGUAUAAGUUCUAUCUGUCUAAAGAAUGUCCCUCUUAUGGCAAAAGCAUCUCUAAUGCAUGAGGGUUCUUCUAGGGAGGCAGAGAAUUUUGAUUAUGCAAAGUUUUUCGAGUCAUGUUCUUCUCUCGAGCACCUCCUAUUAAACUUCAAAUAUGGCAAGUUCUUUGCAGAUGAAACACCGACAAGGCUUCCCUUUGAUCUUAACCGUCUCAAACAUUUGCGCCUGUCUAAUAUUGUGGUGAAGGAAUCAUAUAAGCUCUCAUGUGCUCUCUGCUUGAUAAGAAGCUCCCCAUAUUUAGAAUAUCUCGAAAUUGAGAUCUAUGGAUAUUAUGAUGGUGCUCCAGAAUCCCUUGAACUCGAACGUUUCUCAGAUAUCACAUUUAAUCACCUCAGGGAAGUUACGCUAAUAAAAUUUGGAAGAACAACGCUUGAGAUGCAGCUUAUCAAGCUUUUGCUAGCCAAGUCGCCAAUGUUGGUGAAAAUGCUCAUCUAUCCAGUAUUUAAUCUUGAGACAACAUCAGAAAUACUCGAUGAGCUAUCAAAGUUUGGGCAUGCAUCACCUAAAGCGGUAAUAGUCUACUAUGAUAAAAAAGAAGUAAUAGUCAACUUCUCAUGAUCUUUGGCGGAAACAUUUCAAAGUUAAAACUGAAUAGAUAGAAACAGAUGUUGAUGUAGUAUUAUAACAUUGUGUUUUGCCUUUUUGUAAUAAGAUAAAGAGACGCGCGAAUAUUUGUUUAGGAACAUGAGCAUUUCUGGAAGGAUGUUUUGGUUGGUUUGUUAAGGAUUUUCACUUUUAGUGUCUGCUUAUGAAUGAUUUGUUGAAUUUGACAUACACAUGAGUAUACUGUGGUGGUUUAUUCAAUAUUA